GAAUCUCAAGAAGACUGUUUUAUUACCUGAUUACAGUACAGUUAAACUGAAACUGAUUUGAAAACAUAGGUAAUUGGAGAUUUAUACAGACGAGAUUGUGGUGUAGUCAUUCAUAAGGGGUCUUCUAAACCAAAGAAAAACCUGACCAAUUCAUAAAAUAUGAGUGGAAAAGAAGGAGAUGUCAAUGAUAAAAUAUUGUUGGAGCCCUAUAACUAUAUAUGCCAAAUACCAGGGAAAAAAGUCAGAGCCAAGCUAGCUGCAGCAUUCAACUGCUGGCUGAAUAUACCUGAAGAGAAAUUAAAAUUAAUUGGAGAAGUCACCCAGAUGCUACAUAAUGCCAGUCUAUUAAUUGAUGAUAUUGAAGAUAAUUCUAACUUAAGAAGAGGAAUUCCAGUGGCUCACAAUAUAUAUGGAGUCCCACAAACCAUAAACUCUGCUAAUUAUGUAUAUUUCCUGGGAUUAGAAAAAGUUCUACAGUUAGACCAUCCAGAAAGCACAAAAAUAUUCACAGCCCAGCUUCUGGAGCUACACAGGGGACAAGGUAUGGACAUCUACUGGAGGGAUGCUGUAGUGUGUCCUACAGAGGAGGAGUACAAGGCCAUGGUCAUCAAAAAGACAGGAGGACUGUUUGGUUUAGCAGUGGGAUUGAUGCAGCUCUUUAGUGAAUGUAAAAAAGAUUUUAUUCCUUUAUUAAAUGCCUUAGGACUGUAUUUCCAAAUAAGAGAUGACUAUGCUAAUCUAUACUCCAAAGAGUAUGAAGCAAACAAGAGCUACUGUGAAGACCUGACAGAGGGGAAAUUUUCUUUUCCUAUAAUCCAUGCCAUACGGAGCAGUAAGGAAGAUAACCAGGUCAUUAAUAUACUACGACAGCGGACAACUGACAUUGAUGUGAAGAAAUACUGUGUAGAAUGUCUACAUAAACUAGGAUCAUUUGAUUAUACAAAAGAAACUUUAAUUGAAUUAGAAAACAGAAUAUUGGAGCUGAUUGAACAACAUGGUGGUAAUCCUAUCUUAACUGCAUUAAUUAGUGAACUCAAAAAAGUUUACAGAGAAACUCAAUAACAGCAAGACUUUAACCUCUUGCUUGCAAUCUCACUGCCAACUCUAGUACAUAGACACUCUAACAAUGAAAUGGACUCCAAUAAUGUGGAAAACAGAACAUGAACAUUUUAAUAAGGUCAUUGUCAUUGAUAUUCAUUUUGAUGAA